AUGGACAAAUUGAACCACCUGGUGGCUUAUACCUGGGAUGAAACGAGACAAUUCCGCUCCAGCUAUGGCGUGUGGCACGUUUUUGGAACUAGGCACCUUGACCGUACCGUUCGUUUGGGUCAUGCCGACACCGCUCGCCUCCGAAGCGCCUUCUCUCCCGGCAAUUUGAGCGAAACUUUUGCCCCGUAUGGUCCUGGAAGGGACGGCGACGUUGGGGACCAGGGGAGAGGAUCAGGGAUAACGAUCGAAGUGGUGGCGCGCAUUGGUGAGACUCUGGCCCAGGGAGAAAGAAUGCAAGAAGAGUAUCAGAUGCUGGCAUCUGUUGCCGCUCCUCACCACAAGUAUUUUCUGCAGCCCGUGGAGAUGCUACGCUUAUCCAAUCUCGAUGAUGAGCACACGCCAUCGCUUCUCGUCUGCAUCUAUGAAAGUCCCGGCCCUAAUGAUCUUCUGCGCUACGUCGAUUGCGGCGCGACCUGGUAUCAGAUGCGCCCCGAGGAAGCUGCGAGUCAAAAAGAGACCAACAGUGAAAGCUUGCGUCAAUCGGACGGGAACGAGCUCAUGCCGUUGGCAACAUUCCUGGAUUUCGCUAUAGGCGCCGCGGAGUGCAUUCAAAUGCUGCAUAGCCAGCGGAUUGUCCAUGGGCAGAUUCGGGGGGAGGCCUUCCACUUCAAUCAAGAGACCGGCCACGUGCGCUUGAUCCAUCUCGGGGCAGGUCUUCAGUUCUAUGAUACCGGACGAGAGAACGCGCACUGGUCAGCUCUAGAGAACAAGAAGGAUGCCACGGCGCACAUCUCCUACUUGAGCUCCGAGCAAACUAGGCAGACGCCAACCCAAGCCGACAAUCGCGCCGAUAUAUACUCCCUCGGCAUCAUGUUUUGGAACGCCCUCGUCCGUGAGGACCCGUCUGGAGGCAAGACCCCCAUGGGACUCAUCAAGGAGGUGCUCGGACAGGCGCUGCCUUCCGUGUCGACAGUGCGACCCGACGUGCCAGAGGUUUUUGCCCGGAUUAUCGCCAAAGCGACGGCCAAAAACGUCUCGGAGCGCUACAACUCUGCCCGCGGUUUGCGUCAUGACCUUGUGGAGGCACGGGAUUUGCUGGCAGCGGGAGACGCGGCAGUUUUGGAAGGCUUGGAACUCGCCAGGAAGGAUGUUUCUCCAUUCUUUGCGCUCCCACGCACAAUGGUGGGCCGGGCGGCCGAGCGGGAUGCCAUCGUCGAGGUCCUGGAUCGUACUCUGAGACUAUAUCAGGGAGGCAGAGGGCUUCACUUGUCGUCUCUGCCGGAGGACCAAUUUGCAACAUUUACCGUCCUUCCCUCACCAGUCAAUACCCCCGGAGAAGAGGAAGCCCUCAAAGCGGUCGAUGGAUCUCUCGGCCUGACCGGUUCUGUGAGCGGGACAUCCGCCGGGUUUACCCAAUCGUAUCCAGCAAAUACAGGCCGCACACGUUCUCCCAAAGAUUCGCUAUACGCCUCGAGCGACGAAAGCGAGUCCGACCCGGUCCUCGCAGAGAAGAAGGGAUUGGAGAAGCGCCUGUCAAUCUCCUCAAUUGACAGCGCCAAUGGCGAGGGGAGCUCCCGAUCAAGUGAAAAUGCGGGAAGGGCGACUGCACACGGCAUAGCAACGCCGAAAGGUUUAUGCGAGGUUAUCAGCAUUGAGGGGGGGCCUGGUUUGGGCAAAUCUCGGCUGAUCUCAUCGGUUCAGAUUGAAGCCCGACGAAGGGGCUUCUUUGCCGGCUCUCGAUUCGACGUCGGGGACAACGAGCGUAUGCGUCCGAUUCUACACUUGUUUUCAAGUUUGUUUCACCAGGCAUUCUCGGAGAACAUGAAUGAGCCUAGUUUCCUGCCGAUGUUGCGAAAUCAUAUUGGACCCACUUGGAACACUCUGCACAAGAUUUUAGGCCUACCCAAAUUCCUCCUCGGGUCCUCCCCAGAGAAUGCUGGAACGGAGAGUUCUCAGGAAUUUCUUCGGACCGGAUCCUCCACGAAGUCUUUGCCUCUUGUGCGUACCUUACUGAAUAUCCUGCGGGUCUUUACGCGAUACAAACUGGUAUGUCUUUGUCUGGACGAUGUCCACGCGGCAGAUGAAGAAUCCUUGGAAUUCAUUGCCCAUAUGGUGUCGGCUCGAAUCAGGAUGGUGGUGAUAAUGGCCUACCGGCCCGAAAAUGCUUCCUCGGAAAUGAUUAAGCGUAUACUUAACUUCUCUUACAAUGAAGGGGUUCUGGCAGGAAGAGACGUAGGUCUUACCGCCAUCUCACUCACACCGCUCAAUGAAGACUGUGUAAUGCAAUAUGUGGCGAACACUUUGUCUUUGUCUGUCCCUGUAAUCUGGCCUCUGGGGGCUUUCAUUCAAUCAAGGACUAAUGGAAACCCCUUCUACAUCCGUGAAGUGUUGAAUGAUUGUCACGAACAUGGAUUCAUCUGCUAUGAUUUCCAGGAAGGGCUCUGGUCUUUUGAUCUAAGCCGCAUCUCGGAGUAUUUCAAAGUGGACAGCUACAACGACGCUGCCUUCGAUGAUUUCUUAGCCAGGCGUCUGAGCAGCCUUUCGCCUGUUUGCAAGUCCAUCUUGGCCUGGGCUUCCGUUUUAGGCAUGACAUUCUCGUUUCAGUUAGUCCAGAGGCUUCUCAACAAUGAUCAGGUGGCUUCCGGAUCUACUCUGUCUGAGCGAGAAAUGAUGCAAGGUCUACAGGCAAUCAUUCAAGCCUACAUUAUCGUACCUACGGAGGAUCAUGAUCUUUUCUCCUUCACAUACAGCCAUUACAUGCAUAUCGCAGCAUCAUUUCACAAAAGAGACAAGGACCAUGUGAACUUGAUAAAGGCACAAGUGCUAUUUCAGUAUCAUUCCCAUGACGACAAAUAUCGAAGUAUGUUGGCAUCGGCCGUUAUUGAAUCAGCACCAAUGAUCAAGAACUCUCUUGCAGUAAGAAGGCCUUUCAGAAAUUUCCUGUUCGAGUAUGCGAAUGCUGCAAGUGAGACUGGAUUACGCUCGACCGCUAUGAACUCAUAUGCAAGCUGCAUAACCCUUCUUCAAGAGGACAUAUGGAACGACGACACCGUGGAUGUGAGCUACAGCGAGACCUUGCAACUGUUCACGUCCGCUGCUGAAUGCUACUUGUACCAAGGGCGGCAUGAGGAAGCUGCUCGCUUGCUGCAAGCUAUAAUCUCGAAUGCUCGAAGCCCAGUGGAUCAAGCUCCCUCCUGGAUCUUGCGAUCUCGCAUGCUUGCACAGUUAGGUAACUCGACUGGUGCUUUCCAUGCCCUGAGUGAAUGCCUCAUGGCUUUAGACAUUACGAUUGACGUCGAUCCCACUUUUCUUAAAUGCGACAAAGAGCUUCAACGGCUAUGCGAGGCGGUUUCUGCCGUACAACCUGAAGCUAUUGUCGCAACGGCUCUUCCUGAGCAUCCAGCCUUGGCUGCUGCUGGGGCGGUUCUUCUCGAGGCCACUAGCGCGGGUUUCUGGUCAGAUACGCUAACCUUUUACCAAAUGACGCUUGUCAUGGUUGACACCUAUCUCUCGCGCGGUCCUUUCCCCCAGGCGGGCAUGGGACUCAUGCAGUUAGCUGUGAUAGCAAUUACUCGAGGCAACGCAAUUGCCUUCGCGAAACAUUGUGGGGACCUUGCCUUGGCACUGAUUGAACAAUCCAAAGAUCCACUUACUAUAGGUCGUGGCAUGGCUCUAUACUCCACCUUUAUCGGCCAUCUUCAACAGCAUGUUCAAUCUUCAAUGUCCCAAUUGGAAGAAGCGGUGGAUUUCUCUAUCCGUGCGGGUGACCGUAUAGCCACCAUAUUGAACUUCGGUUUUCUGGCUACCAUGAAGUUUUUCGCUUCCGAAGACCUGGCCGAGCUGGAGACCUUCUGCAUCUACAGUUGUCAAGACAUUCCCAGCUGGCAAACGGACACUGCUGGCGGGUGA